AACAGAUAAAAGAGUGAGAAAGUCUGAAAGAAGUGGGAAAAUCCAUUGACGCGCCCGCCUGUAACAACAAGGACGGAGAGCGUACCCGUCACUUUCUAUAUUCCCUCUAACCAAAUUUUUUCCCGAGAAAAUUUUCCGUUACGCUUUCUCUUCUUCAGUUUUGUGAAUAAACAAAUCGGAACUCUCGAUUCGUUUUCCCUUCUCCGUUCCUUGGUGUAUACUAACACUCCGAUCUCGCUCGCCCUGAGCUCCACGAUCAGUUUCGUAAAACCCUAGGUUUUCGAACGAGCAUUCUUUCGUUCUUAGGUUUCUAGAUUACGGCGGUUAUUCGUUUUCUUUGUUGAGUUUUGUGAACGGCGUUGAGUAGAUUUAGUCUCUAGUUUUCGAGAUCGAGAGAGAUUGUGAUGAAUAACAACAGAGGAAGAUAUCAACCGGGGACUGGAACGGGACGUGGAGCGUACCAGCAGCAACCUCAAGCUCAGCAGCACGUUCAACGCGGUCAACCUCAGAACCAUCAGCAGCAACAAUGGUCAAGACGCGCUCAGCUUCCUGGAAACGCCACUAACGCUAAUGAGGUCCAGACGACGUCGUCUCAGCCGCCCGUAGCUAGCAGCGAUCCUAAUGGCCAAGAUUGGAAGGCAUCGUUGAGGCUCCCACCUCCUGAUACUCGUUAUCAAACCGCGGAUGUGACAGCUACUAAAGGAAACGAAUUCGAAGAUUACUUUCUGAAAAGAGAUCUGCUUAAGGGAAUAUACGAGAAGGGCUUCGAGAAGCCAUCUCCUAUUCAAGAAGAGAGCAUUCCCAUUGCUUUAACCGGUAGUGAUAUUCUUGCUAGAGCCAAGAACGGCACAGGGAAGACUGGUGCCUUCUGCAUCCCAGUCCUAGAGAGAAUUGAUCCUAAUACCAAUGUUAUUCAAGCCAUGAUUCUAGUUCCAACGAGAGAGCUAGCCCUUCAGACAUCACAGGUUUGCAAGGAGCUUUCCAAGUACUUGAACAUCCAGGUUAUGGUCACCACUGGCGGUACCAGUCUGAGAGAUGAUAUCAUGCGGUUACAUCAACCUGUACAUCUGCUAGUUGGAACUCCUGGAAGGAUCUUGGAUCUGACCAAAAAGGGAGUAUGUGUAUUGAAAGACUGUACGAUGCUUGUGAUGGAUGAGGCCGACAAGCUUUUAUCUGCAGAGUUCCAACCUUCUCUAGAGGAACUGAUACAGUUUCUGCCAGAAAAUCGUCAAUUUUUGAUGUAUUCCGCUACAUUUCCUGUUACUGUGAAAGCCUUUAAGGAUCGACAUCUCCGGAAGCCAUAUGUUAUCAAUCUCAUGGAUCAACUUACGCUUAUGGGUGUCACACAAUAUUAUGCUUUUGUUGAAGAGAGACAGAAGGUUCACUGCCUCAACACACUUUUCUCUAAGCUGCAAAUAAACCAAUCGAUAAUCUUUUGCAACUCUGUCAAUCGCGUGGAACUGUUGGCUAAGAAAAUUACAGAACUCGGUUAUUCGUGCUUCUACAUUCAUGCGAAGAUGGUACAAGACCAUAGGAACAGAGUGUUCCAUGAGUUCCGCAAUGGUGCUUGCAGAAAUCUCGUUUGCACUGAUCUGUUUACUCGUGGAAUUGACAUUCAAGCUGUGAAUGUAGUGAUUAACUUUGAUUUUCCUAGGACUUCUGAGUCGUAUCUACACAGGGUGGGCCGAUCAGGACGUUUUGGACACCUUGGGUUAGCUGUGAAUUUGGUAACCUAUGAGGACCGUUUUAAAAUGUAUCAGACUGAGCAAGAACUUGGAACUGAAAUCAAACCAAUUCCUUCGAAUAUCGAUCAAGCAAUCUACUGCCAGUAAACCUGUAACCGCACGAGAAAAUGUUUCCACCCGAAGAGACACAGUGUUGAUGAAAAUGGUGUUUCUCAAGCUAGAAGGAGAUGAGGGAACUGAUACUUGGUGGUUCAUGUAAAGACAGACUCGUUACAGACACUUACCGGAGUUGUUUGGUUCGGUUUGGUUUCAAAUCUCUCUCUAGACUUUGUUUUGUGGUUCGAAUGAAACCUUUUUUUAACGUUGGCACUUCUCUAACUCGGGAAUGAGUAGAACAUAAGGCUCUCCCUUUUUAGCCCAUUUAUGAUCUUCCUAUUAUGACAA